AUGGCUGAACGCUACUAUACUCUGGCAGAAGGUUGCCCUUUUGCUAGCAACAGCACUACCGUUCAACUGCGGAACAACUCUGGUGGCGGACUUUCUUUGCUCCAAGAUACACAACUCAUUGAGACUCUCGCCCAUUUCUCUCGUGAGAGAAUUCCCGAGCGAGUGGUCCACGCCAAGGCGGCGGGCGCAUAUGGAGAGUUCGAAGCCACUAGCGAUUGUUCCGAUAUUACUUCAGCUAGCUUCUUGAGCAAAGCUGGCAAGAAGUCUCCCGUCCUUCUUCGAGUAUCUACAGUUGGACCUGAAGCCGGUUCGGCAGAUACCACUCGCGAUGUUCACGGAUGGGCCAUGAAGAUCUACACGGAUGAGGGUAACUUGGACUGGGUCUUCAACAACACGCCGGUCUUUUUCGUUCGCGAUCCGAUUAAGUUCCCUUCCCUGAACCGUUCGCAUAAGAGACACCCUACAACUCAUCUUCCGGAUGCAAAUAUGGUGAGUAACGCACGUGGUUGCUUUUCGGCUAGUGUACAAUUGGUUCAAGCGUAUAAUAACUCCUGUAUUAAUACUCUUAGCUUCCACGUCGGCAACCCCGAAGGUAUCCAUGAGCUUCUCCACCUCUUCAGUGAUCGUGGAACACCGAAGUCUAUCCGCCACAUGAAUGCCUACAGUGGACAUACUUACAAGCUCACUAAAGAGGACGGAUCAUUCAAAUAUGUCAAGUUCCACAUCAAGACCGCCCAGGGCGUCAAGAACAUGACCGCCGAGGAAUCCCUCAAGAUCGCAGGCGAAGACCCCGAUUAUCUUAUUCGGGAUAUGUUCGAGGCCAUCGAGAAGGGUGACUACCCCGUGUGGAACGUCUACGUCCAGGUUAUGGACCCGGCCGACGCGGAGAAAUACCGUUGGAACAUCUUUGACAUGACCAAAGUUUGGUCUCACAAGGACUACCCGCUGAGACAAAUUGGAAAAUUGACCAUGAACCGCAAUCCCAAGAACUACUUCACCGAUAUUGAGCAGGCGGCCUUCUCCCCAUCCACAAUGGUGCCCGGUAUUGCACCUUCGGCUGAUCCAAUGCUCCAAGCCCGUAUGUUCGCUUACCCCGAUGCGGCCCGGUAUCGUCUCGGAGUCAACUACCAACAGCUCCCAACGAACGCGGCCAAGGCACCUGUCUACUGCCCUUACCAGAGAGAUGGCGCCAUGCGGUUCGACGACAACUACGGCGGUGACCCCAACUACGUUGGCUCGUCCUUGCAGCCUACCAAGUUCUACCAAGAGGUGAAGAACUCGGGAGCUGCCCGGCUGAGCGGACUGACCGAGCACGAGAAAUGGGUGGGAGAGGUGACUAAUUUCCAGAGCCAUAUUACCGAUGAUGACUUCGUCCAACCCGCCGCUCUCUGGGAAGUGAUCGGCAGGGAGCCCGGUCACCAGGACAGAACGAUUGCGAACCUCUCAGGCCAUAUUAAGAAUGUCCGCUCUCCUCAGCUGCGCAAUGCGGUCUAUGAACUCUUUGCAAAGGUGAAUGCAGACCUCGGUGAACGUCUUAAGAAGGCAACUGAGGCCGCGGUGUCUGCAUAA